AUGUUUGCUUCUAAUAUUGGACAGCUGGCUUUUAAAGGGAUGAAGAGACUCAAUAGAAUCCAGUCAAUAGUGUUUGAGACUGCCUACAACACCAAUGAGAAUAUGCUGAUUUGUGCCCCUACUGGAGCUGGAAAGACCAACAUUGCAAUGCUUACAGUCUUGCAUGAAAUUCGCCAACAUUUUCAACAAGGUGUUAUCAAAAAGAAUGAAUUUAAGAUUGUAUAUGUUGCUCCAAUGAAAGCCUUGGCAGCUGAAAUGACAAAUUACUUCAGCAAACGUCUAGAGCCACUGGGCAUCGUUGUGAAAGAAUUGACUGGUGAUAUGCAGUUGUCAAAGAGUGAAAUUUUACGAACACAGAUGCUUGUGACCACACCAGAAAAAUGGGAUGUAGUGACAAGAAAGAGUGUUGGGGAUGUAGCUCUUUCCCAAAUUGUAAAACUCCUUAUUCUUGAUGAAGUUCAUUUGCUGCAUGAAGAUAGAGGACCAGUAUUAGAAAGCAUAGUUGCACGUACUUUACGGCAGGUUGAAUCCACACAGAGUAUGAUAAGGAUUCUUGGACUCUCUGCAACCUUACCCAACUACCUCGAUGUUGCUACAUUUUUACAUGUUAAUCCGUAUAUUGGACUUUUCUACUUUGACGGCCGUUUUCGACCAGUACCUCUGGGACAGACAUUUUUGGGGAUUAAAAGUGCAAAUAAGAUGCAGCAAUUGAAUAACAUGGAUGAAGUAUGUUAUGAAAGUGUUUUGAAGCAAGUAAAGGCUGGACACCAGGUAAUGGUGUUUGUACAUGCUCGAAAUGCCACUGUAAGAACAGCUAUGUCUCUAAUAGAAAGAGCAAAAAACUGUGGCCAAAUUUCCUGCUUUUUACCUCCCCAAGGACCUGAAUAUGGACAUGCAGAAAAACAGGUGCAAAAGUCCAGAAAUAAGCAAGUACGAGAAUUAUUCCCAGAUGGUUUUAGUAUUCAUCAUGCAGGAAUGCUUCGGCAGGACAGAAAUUUGGUUGAAAACUUGUUUUCUAAUGGGCAUAUCAAAGUCCUAGUCUGUACAGCUACAUUAGCCUGGGGUGUCAAUCUUCCUGCUCAUGCUGUUAUUAUUAAGGGAACACAAAUAUAUGCUGCAAAAAGAGGCUCCUUUGUUGACCUUGGAAUUUUAGAUGUCAUGCAGAUAUUUGGUCGAGCCGGACGACCACAAUUUGACAAAUUUGGGGAAGGAAUCAUUAUAACAACGCAUGACAAACUCAGCCAUUACCUCACUUUGCUCACUCAACAAAACCCAAUUGAGAGUCAGUUUCUGGAAAGCCUUGCAGAUAACCUAAAUGCAGAGAUUGCUUUGGGAACAGUUACUAACGUGGAGGAAGCAGUGAAGUGGAUAAGUUAUACUUAUCUUUAUGUACGGAUGAGAGCAAAUCCAUUAGUAUAUGGCAUCAAUCACAAGGCUUAUCAGAUUGACCCAACUUUAAGAAAGCAUCGAGAACAGUUGGUCAUUGAAGUUGGACGAAAACUAGACAAAGCAAAGAUGAUUCGUUUUGAGGAACGAACUGGAUAUUUUUCCUCAACUGAUUUGGGUCACAUUUUGCAUCAUGUGAAUAUUGGAUUGAAGGUCAAACAAUGUGUUCAUCAGAUUCCUUCCGUCACGAUGGAAGCAUCCAUUCAGCCCAUUACACGAACUGUCCUCCGAGUAACACUCAGCAUCUAUCCUGAUUUCACUUGGAAUGAUCAGCACAUUGGCUCUAACCACCAAUCUCCCCCUAAUAUUCUUCAGAAUGCAGCUAGAAUCGUCCGUGCUCUUUUUGAAAUUGCUCUGAGGAAACGUUGGCCUGCCAUGACCUACAGGCUCCUGAAUCUUAGUAAAGUCAUCGACAAGAGGCUAUGGGGUUGGGCUAGCCCUUUGAGACAAUUUUCAGUUCUACCACCACAUAUCCUAUCAAGAUUAGAAGAAAAAAACCUUACUGUGGAUAAGCUAAAAGACAUGAGGAAAGAUGAAAUAGCUCCUGGAGGUGUAGAGAAUAGUUAUGGGAAAAUAAACAUCUUACUUCAAACUUACAUCAGCCGAGGAGAGAUGGACAGUUUCUCCCUUAUAUCAGAUUCUGCAUAUGUUGCUCAGGUACAUGGAACAGUGGGAGAACCCUGGUGGAUUUGGGUAGAAGAUCCUACGAAUGAUCAUAUUUAUCAUUCAGAGUAUUUUCUAACUCUAAAAAAACAGGUCAUCAGUAAAGAAGCUCAGCUACUGGUAUUUACAAUCCCUAUUUUUGAGCCUUUGCCUUCCCAGUACUACAUCCGAGCAGUGUCUGAUAGGUGGUUAGGAGCUGAGGCUGUAUGUAUUAUCAACUUUCAACAUCUGAUUCUACCAGAGAGACAUCCUCCCCAUACAGGGGAUGUGACUCCUGAUAUGAAGUCCAUUGCCAAGGCUGACCUAAUUGUCACUACCCCAGAGAAGUGGGAUGGAGUCAGCAGAAGCUGGCAAAAUAGGAGCUAUGUUCAGCAAGUCACUAUUCUCAUCAUAGAUGAGAUUCAUCUGCUUGUUCUUAAAGUAAAUAAUGCAGGAAUAUCGGAUGGCCAUACUUGGAAGAUGGAGAACAUCAUUGGAACAGUAAGAGAUUCCAAUCUGAAGCUCACACUUGCUUUCGGAAUAGGAAUGCAUCAUGCUGGCCUACAUGAGAGAGACCGAAAAACAGUAGAGGAACUAUUUGUGAACUGUAAAGUACAGGUUCUUAUUGCUACAAGCACAUUAGCUUGGGGUGUAAACUUUCCAGCUCAUUUAGUAAUUAUUAAGGGAACAGAAUAUUAUGAUGGAAAAACAAGACGUUAUGUGGAUUUUCCCAUUACAGAUGUCCUCCAGAUGAUGGGGCGUGCUGGGAGGCCUCAGUUUGAUGACCAAGGCAAAGCUGUAAUUCUGGUUCAUGACAUAAAGAAAGACUUUUAUAAAAAAUUUCUUUAUGAACCUUUCCCAGUAGAAUCAAGCUUAUUAGGAGUGCUCUCUGACCAUUUGAAUGCUGAAAUUGCUGGUGGUACAAUAACAUCUAAGCAAGAUGCACUGGAUUAUAUCACCUGGACUUACUUCUUCCGACGUCUUAUCAUGAAUCCCAGCUACUACAAUUUGGGUGAUGUGAGCCAUGAUUCUGUGAACAAGUUUCUAUCCCAUCUGAUUGAGAAGUCCCUGAUUGAAUUGGAACUUUCCUACUGUAUUGAAAUUGGAGAGGAUAAUCGGAGCAUUGAACCUCUCACAUAUGGCCGAAUUGCCUCCUAUUACUACUUGAAGCACCAAACAGUUAAAAUGUUCAAGGACCGUUUGAAACCUGAAUGCAGCACUGAAGAAUUGCUUUCAAUUCUGAGUGACGCAGAAGAAUAUACAGAUUUGCCAGUAAGACACAAUGAAGAUCACAUGAAUAGUGAACUGGCAAAAUGUCUUCCCAUGGAACCAAAUCCUCAUUCCUUUGACAGCCCGCACACCAAAGCACAUCUCCUGCUGCAGGCACAUCUCAGCCGAGCCAUGCUGCCCUGCCCAGAUUAUGACACUGAUACCAAAACGGUCUUGGACCAAGCUCUCAGAGUAUGUCAGGCAAUGCUGGAUGUGGCUGCAAACCAGGGCUGGCUGGUGACUGCCCUGAAUAUUACCAAUCUGGUUCAAAUGGUGAUCCAGGGUCGGUGGUUAAAAGACUCUUCUCUUCUUACAGUACCAAACAUAGAACACCACCAUCUUCACCUUUUCAGGAAAUGGAAGCCCAUUAUAAAGGGCCCACAUGCUAGAUGUCGAACUUCCAUCGAAUGCCUUCCUGAACUAAUCCAUGCCUGUGGAGGGAAAGACCAUGUAUUCAGCUCCAUGGUAGAAAAUGAGCUACAUGCUGCAAAAACAAAGCAGGCAUGGAAUUUCUUAUCUCGCUUGCCAGUGAUAAAUGUUGGCAUAAGUGUUAAAGGCUCAUGGGAUGACUUAGUUGAAGGACAUAAUGAACUCUCUGUCUCAACUCUGACUGCGGACAAACGAGAUGACAACAAAUGGAUCAAAUUGCAUGCUGAUCAAGAGUAUGUGCUUGAAGUCAGCUUGCAGAGAGUCCACUUUGGGUUCCACAAGGGAAAGCAAGAGAGCUGUGCAGUUACCCCUCGAUUUCCCAAAUCAAAAGAUGAAGGAUGGUUUUUGAUAUUAGGAGAAGUGGAUAAGAGAGAACUUAUUGCUUUGAAAAGAGUAGGAUAUGUUCGAAAUCAGCAUGUUGCUUCCCUUUCUUUUUAUACCCCUGAAAUACCUGGAAGGUAUAUCUACACACUGUAUUUCAUGAGUGACUGCUACCUUGGCCUGGACCAGCAGUAUGACAUUUAUCUCAAUGUCACGCGAGCGAACAUUUCUACCCAGGUCGACACAGAGGUCUCUGAUGCCUUGACUGAGCUGGCAGUAAAGUAAUCUGACCUGAACAAGCCUUUGAAAGAAGUGGUUAAGAAACCUGGCUGUUGAGUCAUCUAGACAAAGUCAAAUUACUGAUGUUUGCCUUGACGGAAUCAACUUCUAACCUCAGGACACCCAGGAAAUUGACAGUGGCUGCAGUAUUGACUCCAGGACCAUAAAGUUAGCUGCAGUGGCCUUUUAAUAAAUGUUGCCUUUUAUAAUAUUGUUUUCAUGGAUUUCUUGAUAUGAAAAAUGAAUAAGUAUGUAGGAUAAUCUUUAAAUUUGUGUAUAUUUGAGAUGAUAUUUAGGAGUUAUCAAAUUUCACAUCUCACAAUGUCUGUUUACAUGAAUAUUGACUUCUUUUUUUUUUUUAAAGGAAAACUAUAUUGAGGCAAUGCAGUGUUAGGGUUUGUUCUAACAGAUUUCUAACUCUGCAGCAUAAAAUAUGUAGUAUAAAUCUGUAAAGGGAUGCACAAUGUGUCUUGUUAGCAAAGUUUAUACUUUGAUCACAUGUCAGAGUAGUUUCAAGAAUUUCUUAUAGUCAUAAAUGUUAAUAAUAUAUGAUGUAAAAUUAUAUUAUGGAGCCUAAUGAUGAUAGCAAAGAAAACAGAAUAUACUGAUCCUAGAAAAUGUAGGUACUGUAAACUGGUAGAAAUAAAUAUAUAGGCUGCCACUUCAAGA